AUGUCUUCCGCAGUCCCGUACAAAGCAUAUCAAUCGAAACGACAUUCACGAAAUCUGUCAAAUACAUUCACGCCUCCUCAAUCACCGCCUUUAAACCCAGUUGGUUCUCCUUCCAAAGCACUCCCGACACCGGCUCCAAAUGGUUCUCCCAAGAUAACUUCCAUACGGAACACGUCUCUCGAGUCUUCGAAUGUUGAGUCUACGAGUACGAGUACGACACCAGCCACACCAGCUUCACCAGCGCUCAGAGCUGUCACUCCACCGUCCACUGUACAGAACCCAGUGGUAUCAAACACGGCAGUGGCUACAGCACCCAUUCCAAUACAAGAAGUACCACCUUCCCCAAUCUCGGAAUCGAAUACGGCACCUGUAUCACCGAGAGUCGUAGAUGAGCCAUUUAAAGCAUUCCCGUCAUCUACAGACACCGUGACCAAACCUCCCGUCACUGAUGCAGAGCCGAGUACAUCUAAAAUCUCGUCGAUACCCAUUCCAUUAGUGGUUGAACCACCAAAGAAUGAACUGUCAGCUCCGGCCUCUCCAUCCACGCCCACAGGUGCAACUUCGGCUGCCACUGGCGGUCUGCCCAACACCACUAUUCGACCUCGUGUACUUUCAAAUUCUACGUUUCGACAUGUCCCCGCCCGUGGAUCUCCUUUACGACCAUCGGCGUCCGUACUCAAGCAUAACCCUUCCCCUCUAGGCAGUAACACUCUGGUGGGUCACACGCCUCUCACCUUGGGGGCUCCCUCAAGGGCAACCUCAGCAAAUAUCGCACCACCUCAGCCCCAUAGCCGUCCUGGAACUAGCACUGGGAAUACGAAGAUCCUGGAUUUUAGUCCUAGCCCAACUCUAUCACCGCUCUCUAUCCCAACAGGAACUCAUACACCUCCGAUUCCGUCUCCCCUAUCAUCCAUGGCACUAAAUCCAUCACCAAAGCCAUCCAAUUCCCCACUAUUAACUCCACAAGAAUUUGCUUCAGCUGGUUCUAAAUCAAGAAGUACCACUCCUUCCCCGUCGGCAUCACCCUCUCGACCUUCCGCUUCUCCAGUCCUUAAUACAUCUACUGUCGCUUCUGGCUCAUCGACUUCAACUAUACAGCCCCCUAGUCGUCCCACUUCAACAUCUUCCAGGGCGGUGGGAGCGGCUCCAUACCGACACGGGUUCCAGCCAAAAGGUGUCUAUGGAAUGAGGACGGAUGAGUUUGUCGAGUUAAGAAGAGCAAAGAGGGACGCGGCUAAAAUAGAAGAUCGAAGAUUAGAACGGAGACUAGAAAAGCUCAUAGACCUUCACUUCUCACCCGGUGCAUCCAAAACAAGCAACCCACCAAGCCCUGGUGGCCUCGAUCCUUCGAAGCCACCUGCGAACAGGCGUCAAUCUUCCUUUUUCGAUUUUAACCUCCCUGACCUGAAAGGAAAGAAUGCAUCUGAUCUCUGGCGGGAUGUAGUCGACUCAGCCGCGUCCUCAAAACUGCUCAAUUCCAAAGGCGAUAUCAGACAACAGGAACAGGCCAUUACACCCUGGCAGGAGGAUUCUGCCGUAUCUGCAUGCCCCUUGUGCCUAACUUCAUUCAAUGCUCUUACAAAUCGGAAACAUCACUGUCGUCUGUGCGGUCGCGUGGUGUGUUCUCUCCCAGUAAAACAUCUAGUACGACCAGAGUUGUGUUCUUUCCUCUUUGUCGUGGACUCCAAAACUGGGAUGAUAGAAGAGAUUGGCGGAGAAGUUGUGGACUAUGGCGUCAAACGAAAAGAUGUCAUAACUAGUGGACAAGGGAAGAAUGAAGCGGCACUAGCCAAGAAAAUACUCGAGGAUCAAGAGAAAUAUCUCAAGGGAGUGAGGAUUUGUAAAGACUGUAGACCCACUUUACGCAGGAGGCAAUAUUCUGUGGAAGCCAGGACAGUUCCCGCCUUUGCGCGGCUCUACGAGGCCUUACUUAUUAUCGAGAAGGAGAUCGAGGAGACCUUGCCAGAAUUUCAAGAACUUGUUAUUCGAUUAUCUCAGGAGGAUGAUAUUGCCACUCCAACGACACCAGCGGCUGGCCAAAAUCCUGUCAAGCAGGCGACUACGUUGAGAAAACAAUUACUUGAGUCGUUUACUCAAUAUGAUGCUAUAGCCAAGCGAAUAAAAGGCCUCAAAACCUCAGGUCCAGGUUCAUCUCAAGAAAGAGUGCAGAAUGCCAUCUCUAAUCGAGCGACCUUGUUCUUACAAAAGAAUAUGUUCCCACUACAAAACACUUCUGUCACCACCUUAUCCCUUCCUUCAAACCUGGUUGAUAUAACCGAUUCUGACGCGGCACUGGCACACACGCUCCAACCGCUACUAGAGCAAGAGGCUUUGCUGGAAAGCUUCAUAGAAGAAGCUAAUGCACAGAGAAAGUUCGAGGACGCGAAAACACUGAAAAGAAACCUGAAGGAAAUUCGAGUUGAGAUUGAAAGGUUGUUGAAUGGAAGAGACCUCAAGGCUG